AGUGGCGACACGUCACCCGGCGAGCUCGCACGGGGUAGAAGUUUGACAGGAGUCGAGCGGCGGCGGCUCUCCUUCAGCAUCCGCGAACGAGCUGGGCCCUUUCUGUCGCUCUAGCCGCGGUCCACCCCCCGCAAACGGCACCUGACGGGUUAUCUUCCUUUCGGCUCAAUCCUGUGAGGGGCUACGUCGCCAACGGAGGAACUAUGUCUCGCAAACCCGAGGAUAUCAACAGGCUCACGGAGAACACCUAUAAGACUGUAAUGGAACAGUUUAAUCCAGGAUUACGGAAUCUUGUAAAUCUGGGCAAAAAUUAUGAAAAAGCUGUUAGUGCUAUGACAGCUGCAAGCAAGUCUUACUUUGAUGCUAUUUCGAAGUUGGGAGAGCUGAGUUCCCAAUCACCGGUCUCCAGAGAAUUGGGACAAGUCCUUAUGGAGAUUUCAGAAGUUCACAAGAGACUCAACUUUGAAAUGGAAGAUAAUUUUAGGAAAUUUCACAAAGACAUAAUAUUUGAAUUGGAGAAAAAAAUUGAUCAAGAUGUGAAAUACAUGAAUGCAACUCUUAAAAAGUACCAAACAGAACACAGAACUAAAUUAGAUUCUCUGGAAAAGACUCAAGCAGAACUCAAGAAACUUAGAAGGAAAAGUCAAGGAACAAAAAAUGCAUACAAAUACGAAAAUAAAGAAAUGGAGGUUCUGGCAACUAUCAAUACAAGAGAAAGCGAGAUUCAAAAGUUUAUCACUGAUGGCUGCAAAGAGGCUUUACUUGAAGAAAAAAGACGGUUCUGCUUCCUGGCGGACAAGCACUGCAGUUUUUCCCAAGAUCUAAGCAAUUAUCAUGAUAAGGCCAAUGGACUCCUUCGUGCCAAAAUAAUUCAUUGGCAGGACAAGUGCUUGGAAGCCACAAAGGUGCCAGACUUUUUGAAUGAAGAUGAAAGUAGCUUCCCACCAUAUCUGUCCAAAACUCCUCAACCUUCUCCAAUCAUAGGAAGAUACUCUAUGCAUGAUGCUGGAUUACAGAAUAACUCAAAAAUACCACCUGCUCCUCCUGUAAGAUUUCAGAAGAGUCCUCUGCUGGAUAUGUUCAACAAUCCAAAUUCACAACGCAUGGCCCCUAUUGAGAGAAAUACUGAAAUGACAGAGGAUGUCAGUCUAUCAAGAUCGAUUUCUGUUGCAACUGGACUGAAUAUGGUUCAGAGGCCAAAGGUGAAAAGCAUUUUCCCCCACACUGCAGGAAAUAACAAGAAUAUGUUGAGCUUUGCAGAAGGAGAUAUACUGACACUUCUGAUACCAGAAGAAAAGGAUGGCUGGCUGUAUGGAGAACAUGACAUGACUAAAUUGAGAGGUUGGUUUCCAACUUCCUAUACCAGACCUAUAGAACAAGGUCCCGACACAUCAUCUGCAGUCAGCACAGCUCCUGCACGGAGUAUGAGCAUCCUGAAUUUAGCAGAGAGGUCAAACGUUGCCCUACCUCCUCCAGAUUAUGAAUCGAUGCCAGUUAGACAUCACAACAAGGAAACAACAUUCCAUUCUUACAGCAGUGCCCCAACCAGAGGAAUUCUACCUCAGCCAGACAAUACAAACUCAAAUCAAUCUGGAGAAAGGAAAAUGCUCAGAGUUCAGAGGUGAAUGGCACUAUGAAACCACCUUUCCUCAGUGGUGGAAAUCCUUUCGCUACAGUCAAACUCCGACCAACAGUCACAAAUGACCGAUCGGCACCUCUUAUCUAGUGCGUGCGGGUAACAAAUGCAACUCCUGUACCAGAUGUGAAAUGGCAACCAACAGACGCUAUUCUGAAUUGACGUUAUAUAUACAAUCAUGCCUUCCACACAAACUGCUGUCUCUACAGUUAUCCUUGUAAUAUCAGUUAUUUAUGCUAUUCAAAUUAAUUGUAAAGCCAUUCUUAUCUUAGAUCAUGGAGGAACGGAUGCUAUUACUCGUGAAAGAUUUCAGCAUUUACAGGGCUCUUGUUACUAGACAUUUACUUGGGAAAGAAGUUGUUUUUAUUAGGAUUUAAUCACUGCUUAAACGUGCUGUUGCCUUUCAAAAUCCCACACUUCAUGUUACCAGCUUGUUUAAUCAAGCAUUUAUUCCAUAUAAUGUUUAAUAGUUAGUGAAAAAUGUAAAAAAAAAUCUUGUAAAUGUAUUACUCAGUGUUUUUGUUGAGGAAUAAGACUCUGUGUGUGAGCUUUGAGUGCUCACACAGUAUCAGACGCAGGCUCAUUGUUUUUGAAAUCGAUGAUCGGCUAGAGCAUGUGUUUUUGGCAUCAGUAAUGGAAGCCAUUUCAACAGGCUGUAUCUAUUCAUUUUGUUUCUCUCAGGGAUGUAUGUGUUUUUUUAAUCUUUCCCAUUCUCUAUUUCUUUCUUUUUUUUUUGAACCUUUCUCUCCUAUUUACCGUCUUCCCAGCCUUUUUAUUAUUUAUACCUAAUUGGGAGCUGUUUAUGAAUGAUGGGUACAAAAUGACAUGAUAGAUAGAAUACAAAAGAUAUGAUUGCUCCUUUUGUCUUUGAUAUAAUUUUGCAUUUUAAUUUGUGUACAUGCGGAACAUUUUACGGAUGAGCCUGAGGGGGAAGGCAUUAAUAUGUUGUAGAUCGUGGCAAUUCUGACCCGAGGCUGACAUUUUGCACGUCAAACCCAGUCAAAAUUGAUAGUGACCUAUGCCAACUGUGAAGAGUUUCAGUCUCUUUCGGUUAUGGAUACUGAUGGACUGGUGCGCUUUCCCAAUGUUUUCUACUUGCAUUUGAGUGGCACCUUGUAUCCAUCGCCGCUGUAAGUAGAUGCACAGCCCCACACUUCCGAAACCGAAAAUGUAGCAGCAGAGCCACUUGAAGUGCAUUUUAAAUGUAUCAGCCAAAGAUUAGUUGAUUUAAAGUUCAGCAUAUUUAAUAGGUUAGUGCUAUCCAUUUAUUUCUGGAGUUGUGCCAUAGAGAUGAUCCUCUUUUUAAAGUGAUCUAUGUGCACACAUGUGCUUUGUGUUUACCUCAUGGUUUGAGGGGCGUUCACAAUAGUAGUCAAGACUCUAUGUAGCAAAUGGUAAAAUCCCAAUAAGUAAUCUGAAGAUGGUAGUGUUUCUUUACCUCUGGCUGCACUUCAAUCCUCAUAUUCCUAUUGGUUCACAUCUUCAGGCAUGUAUUCUCCAGAUUUAUGGGAGUUUUCCCUUCUGCAUGGAGUUGAAGCAUUAGUCAUUUUUUUAAUCACUUUGUCACCUGUGUCACUUUGACUUCUGGGAGUGUUUUGCUUUGUAACUCUGAGACUAGUGGCAAUGCUUAAGAAAUGAACACCAAAUAUGGAAAAGAUCAGAACAAAAUUAACAGUUGUGCAUUAGGACCCCACCACAACUCCUAUGCCCAGUGGAGCAAUUGGAAUAGAUUAUGGUUGUUCAGAGUAUUUUUGAAAGAUGUAAAAAUGAGACCUCGUUAUGUAAAUUAAAAAAUCUUUGCAUACAAUAGUGCAUUUUCCAAAGUGAACAAGGUGCAAAAGGCCCUUUCAAUCGAGAAUAAAUCCUCCAUUCAUUUAUCCUAUUCUUAAGGACUCUUAACAUUUUGACUUUUAAAAAAAAAAUCCUUUUUCAAAUGUGGCAACAGCCUGCAUUUCCUCAUUUUGAACUUUAGAGCUGUACAUCUUGCUGUGGAGUUUAGUACUGUUGUUUCAGUACUUCUGAUUUUCCAUAAGGCAAGCAUUGCAUUAAGUUGUUCAAUCUGCUCUUGUUGAAAGGGAGCUUUAUGGCUGCCAUUAUCUUCCCCUUUCUCUAUAUAUGCACACACCCCUCAACCCCACCUUCCCUCCCUCCCUCCACCCUCUCUCAACCCCGCUUCCUCUAGGCCCCAGAGAUGGUGUGCAUCAAAUUCAGCCUAGGAAAACGCAAACAAAAGAACUGCAGACACUCAAACUAGGAAAUAAAUUUUAUAAAUUCUGGAAAGCAGCGGCAGGCCAUGAAUAGAAUCCAUGCCAAGAACAAUGGACAGGAAUGGGUAACGUUUUAGAUCAGAGACCAGGCUCAGCAAGUCCUCACCUGAAACAUUAACCUUCUCCACACAUCCUACUUGGCCUGCUGAAUGUUCUCAACAUUUUCUGCUUUUUAUUUCUAAUCUGCACAUUUGCCUCCGACCUGCAUUCAAUUGACAUAUUAACUUGAUCAGUUUCUCUUUCUUUGGUUACUCAACUGCAAUGAAACGUCAAGCGUAACUACCCUUGGCUCCAUAUACCUAUCUCUACUUGAAGUGCUUUACCCAAAGAUUCAAUUCAGAUGCAGGGAAGGGACCAGGACCUAUUGCAAGUUUAACAUUUAGAUGGUAGAUUAUAGUUGCUGCACUGCAGUGAUUUUUCUCUGUACUCUCAUUACUUUUCAUUCCUUUUACCACUUUCUGCUGUGUCAGUAAUUCCCUGCAUUUGUCAAUGAUAACAUGUAGUUAAUCUGUCAUAUGCAUCUCUGAAUUAGUCUGUCAAGGGCAAUAUUAGGUUAAUCCUGGCUCAGGGCUCUGUCCUGCCUUGAAACAGCAAUAAGUGGAAAACUAACACUACCAUCUUCAGAGUAGAAGUGACAGAGACUAAGAACCAAAGUGUUUGUUACAUAUGUAAUGCAAUGAGAUAAAUCGAGUUCUAAAUGUUUAACUUUACGUUACUGAAGAAUCUGUAUUGGAAUUAAAUUAUAUCCCUAUACUGGGGAGUUUAUGUAGGAAAGUUUGUCCAUGAUGAGAUUAGCAAUAAGAAUUCAAAUAUCUAUCUCCAGUGAAAAUGCAAUAAAAAUGUGUACCAUGCAUUGUCUAGAGACGUUUACUGUAUUAUAGUAUAUUUUGCAGUGAGGAUCUCAAUUAAGCAAGAUGAUUUAAUGUUGAAUAAAUGUGUGUGAUGCCUCUAUCUAUUAUCAACAUCCUUGCCAGGUCCAAGCCACUGACCUGGCUGAAAAGACUCCCUCUUGUACAAUGUUUGGGGAAACCAGAUUUGUAAGUGUACUCUGGGUAUUUCACAGUACAUAUUAGUUUUCUGUAUGUUGUUUUUCUGACAUUACAGUGACAGCACAGCUGCGUUAUAACUUCAACUAGUUAUAGGUUUAUUAAAUUCUAAUUUUGUUCACCUGAAUUCUGGUUCAGCUGUGAAAAAUGCAAAUGUUGUGAGAAGUCUAUGCAACCAUUUGCAACAACUGCAAUAAGUUACUGAUGCAUGUUCCUAACUUUGUUUUCAAGCAGCCUCUGUCAAGACUAAAAUCUUCUUAGCUAUUGAGUUCAGCCAACAGCUUUAAUAUUCACCACACCAUAAGUUAAUAAUACAUGUAAGACUUUUGAGUUUCCUUUAAAUAUUGAGGUUUUGGCGAGGGUGCAGAAGAAGUUUACCAGGGUAGUGUCUACAUUAGAGGGCAUAUGCUAAAAUGAGAGCUUGGACAAACUGGAGUUGUUUUCCCUAGAGUGGUGAAGGCUGAUAGAGCUUCAUAAGAUUGAGAGGCAUAGAUAGGGUAGACAGACUCCAUAAUUGAAAUGUAUAAUACCAGAAGGCAUGCAUUUAAGUUGAGAGGGUGUAAUUUCAAAGGAGAUGUGAAGGUCAAGUUUUUUUUUACACAAUGGUAGGUGCCUAGAAUGCACUGCCUGGUGUGGUGAUGAAGCAGUACAGGCACAUUACUGUGCAGAAAAGGGAAGGAGAUGAACAUUGUGUAGGCAAAGGGUAUUACUUAGGUUGGCCAUUUGAUUACUAAUUUAAGUUGACCAGUACAAAGGGCCUGUUCCUGUGCUGCACAGUUCUAUGUUCAGUCACUGGACCAUUAAUUUCACAAAUGUCGGGGAUUUACAGGCACAGCUUUCAAUCAUAUCUGUAGGCCUGCUAUGUACAGAUUAGAUCAUAAAACACUGGAGUAGAACUCAGCUACUUGGCCCAUUGUGUGCACUCUGCAAUUAGUUGCAUAUUUGUCCAGAAAAAUACAAUAAUUAUUCAGCCAGUAAUGAAGUUGCCAAAUGAAUGACUGCCCUCAUUUUUGUUAAUGAAUGUAUGGCUGAGAUGGAAUUAAUUGGCUGGGUUUGUUCUUUUUAAGAAAAGUUUUAAAAGGAAUUUAAGGGGAUUUUUUAAUUAUUUAACAGAGAAUGAUAAAUUUAACGCCGCCAGAAGAGGUGGUGGAAUCAGAUGCAAUCAUUUUGUUAAAUACACAUUUUGACAGAUAUGUAAAUGGACAAGUUAUAGGACGAUACAGCGUUAGUAGGAGCAAAUCAGAAUCAAGUUUAAUAUCACUGGCAUAUGUCCUGAAAUUUAUUGUUUUGCAGCAGUAUAUUGCAACACAUAAUAAUAAACAAAAACUAGAAAUUAUAAUUAGAAAACAGAUUUAAACUAAAUAAGUAGUGCAAAAAGAGAGUGAGGUAGAGUACAUGGAUUCAUUGUGUCCAUUCACAAUGGCAUUAGUGUAGGGGGCAGAAAGGUCAACAUAGAUGUGCUGGGCUCAAGGACCUACUACUUUAUUGUACAACUCUGACUCCAUGACAAUACAGUACACAUUUUCUCUUUGACUAGUCACUGGGUAUGCAGGGAUCAUGGUAAAGCCUGCAAGUGAAAUACAGUUUGAGGCAGGAGGUGGCACGGUAGCGUAGUGGUUAGCACAACACUUUACUGUAUCUGUGACCCGGGUUCAAUUCCCACUGCUGUAAGGAGUUUAUACGUUCUUGCUGUAAUCCCAUAGAUUUCUCCGGGUGCCUUGGUUUCCUCCCUCAGUCUAAAGAUGCACCAUUUGGUAGGUUAAUUGGUCAUUGUAAGUUGUCCAUUUAUUUAAGCUAGGGUUAAAUAGAGAGUACUGUGCAGUGUGGCUGAAAGGGCCUAUAAUGUGCUGCUUCUAAAUGAAUAAAUGAAUCUAUUUUAUCUAUUCAACAAGUUAUGCACCUCUGAAUUGUGCUUACCAAAGACGGUUCAGGCCAAGUUUUGGAUUUCAGCCUUUUGGCCUGGUGUUGGAAGCUUUUUUUUUCUACAAACAUACCAACCUUUAUUCAAUCAAGAAAUACAAACAAGAAGAGGGCUUAAGACCAUAAGGCAGAAGCAGAAUUAAGGCCAUUUGGCCCAUUGAGUCUGCCCCACCAUUCAAUCAUUGCUGAUCCUGAGCCCCAUUCCCCACCCUUCUUCCAUAACCUUUGAGGCUGUGUCCACUCGACAAUCUAUCAAGCUCUGCCUUUAAUACACCCAAUGACCUGGCCUCCACAGCUGCCUGUGGUAACAAAAUACACAAAUUCACCACCCUCUAGCUAAAGAAAUUUAUCUGCAUCUGUUUUAAAUGGAUGCCUGUCUAUCCUAAAGCUGUGACCUCUUGUCCUGGACUCCCUCACCAUGGGAAACAUACUUUCCACUUCUAUUUUGUCUGGGCCUUUCAAUAUUUGAAAGGUUUCAAUGACAUCUCCCCACACCAUCCUUCCAAAUUCCAUUGAGUACAGUCCCAGAAGCCAUCAAAUGUUCCUUGUAUGAUGAACUGUUCACUCCCGGAAACAUCCUUGUGAACUGCCUAUGGACCCUUUCCAAUGCCAGCACAUCUUUUCUUAGAUGAGGAGGCCAAAACUGUUCACAAUACUCAAAGUGGGGCCUCACCAGUGUCUUAUAAAGCCUUAGCAUCACAUCCCUACUCUUGUAUUCUAGACCUCUUAAAAUGGACACUAAUGUUGCAUUUGCUUUCCUCACCAGCAAUUCUACCUGUAAAGUAACCUUUAAGGUGUUCUGCACAAGGUCUCCCAAGUCCUUUUGCAUCUCAGAUUUUUGGGUUUUCUCCCCAAUUUAGAAAAUAGUCUGCACACUUAUUUCUUCUACCAAAGUGCAUAACCAUUCAUUUUCCAACAUUGUAUUUCAUUUGCCAUUUUCUUGCCCAUUUUCUUAAUCUGUCUAAGUCUUUCUGCAGUCUUGGUUCUUAAAACACUACCUGUCUCUCCACCAUAUCAUUUGUAAACCUGGCAAUAAAACCAUCUAUUCCAUCAUCUAAAUCAUUGAUAUACAGCAUAAAAAGAAGCAGUCUCAACACUGACCCCUAUUGAAAGCCACUAGUCACUGGCAGCCAACCAGAAAAGGAUCCUUUUAUUCCCACCAAUCAGCCAAUGUUCUAACUAUGCCAGUAACUUCCCUGUAAUACCAUGGGUUCUUAACUUGAUAAGCAGCCUCGUGGCACCUUGUCAAAGGCUUUCUGAAGUCAAAAUAUACAAUAUCUAUUGCAUCCCCUUUAUCUAUCCUAUGUGUAAUCUCAAAGAAUUCCAACAAGUUUGUCAGGCAAGAUUUUCCCUUAAGGAAACAAUGCUGACUUUGUCCUUUCUCCUCCUGUGUCAUCAAGUACUCCAUAACCUCAUCCUUAACAAUUGACACUAACAUCUUCCCAAACACUGAGGUCAGGCUAACUAAUAAUUUCCUAUAUGCUGCCUCCCUCCUCUCUUAGAGUGGAGUGACAUUUGCAAUUUUCUAGUCCUCCGGAACCAUGCCAGAGUCCAAUAAUUUUUGAAAGAUCAUUACUAAUGCCUCCAAAAUCUCACAACCUUUCAGAACCCUAGUGUGCAGUUUAUCUGGUCCAGGUGACUUGAGUACCUCUAGAUCUUUUCAACUUUUUGAGCACCUUCUCCCUUGUAAUAGUAACUGCACUCACUUCUCUUCCCUCACACCCUAAAACAUCUGGCACAGUGAAGACUGAUACAAAAUACUCACUUAGUUCAUCUGCCAUCUCCUUGUCGCCCGGCCUCAUUUUCUAGCAUUUCUACACCCACUCUCAUAUCUCUUUUAUUUUUCACAUACUUGAAAAAAUUUUUACUAUCCACUUUGAUAUUGUUUGAUACCUUGCUUCCAUAUUUUAUCUUUUCAUUCCUAAUAAAUUUUAGUUGUUCUCUGUAGGUUUUUUAAAGUUUCCCAAUCCUGUAUCUUCCUGCUAAUUUUUGCUUGUUUGUAUGCCCUUCUGCUUUUACACUAGCUUUGACUUGCCUUGUCAGCCAUGUUUGUACUAUUUUGCCAUUUGAGUAUUUUUUUGUUUUUGGAAUACAUCUAUCCUGCACCUUCCUCAUUUUUCCCAGAAACUCAAACCAUUGCUGCUCUGCUGUCAUCCCUGCCAGCAUCUCCUUCCAAUUUACUUUGGCCGACUCCUCUCGUAUCACUGUAUUCCUUUACUUCACUGCUACGUCAGACUUUACUUUCUCCCUAUCAAAUUUAAGAAAACUCAAUAAUAUCGUGAUCACUGCCUCCUAGGGGUUUUUUUUACCUUAGCUCCCUAAUCGCCUCUGGUUCAUUACAUAACACCCAAUCCAGUAUAGCUUCCUGAGAUCCAUUUCCAACCUGAUUUUCCCAAUUCACCUUGCAUGUUGAAAUCUCCUAUGGCUGUCAAAAUGUUGCCCUUUUGAUAUGCCUUUUCUGUUUCCCAUCGUAAUCUCUGGUCUACAUCCCAGUUAUUGUUGGGAGGCCUAUAUAUAACUGCCAUAAGGUCCUUUUACAGUUGGAAGUUUCUGAACUCAGCUCACGAGGAUUCAACAUCUUCCAAUUCUUUGGCAUCAAAUCAUUAGAAAGAUAUGACAUUCUUUACCAGCAGAGCCAUCCCAUCUCCUCUGCCUACCUUCCUUUCCUUCUGAUACAUGUGUAAGCUCCCAACUUCAACCAUCCUUCAGCUGUAAUUAAGUAAUGGCCACAUCAUACCUGACAAUCUGUGAAAGUGCAACAAGAUCAUCCAUCUUAUUUCUUACACUCUGUGCAUUGAGAUUCUAACAGUUUGAGUGCUGUAUUUGCUAUCCUUUUAGAUUUUGCAUCCCUUAUGCACUGACACUCAUCUGACUGGCUGCAAUUUUCUGCCUGCCCUUCCUGAUAGACUGCAUGCUAUGUUUGGUUUUUUACCAUCUAUCCUAUAAUGAGUCCCUUUGCCCCAGUUCCCACCCCCCUGCCAAAUUAGUUUAUCCCUCUCCAAAAGUUCUAACAAACCUGUCCGUGAAAAUAUUGGUCCCCCUCCAGUUCAUGUGCAAUCCAUCAAUUUUGUACAGGUUAUGCCUCCCCCAGAAGAAAUCCCAAUGAUCCAAGAACCUGAAGCCCUGCCCCCCCCCCACCCCCUGCACCAGCUUCUCAGCCACACAUUUAUCUACCAAAUCAUCCUGUCACCACCCUCACUGGCAUGUUGCACAGGUAGCAAUCCAGAUAUUACUACCCUGGAAAUCCUGCUUCUCAGCUUUUUACCUAGAUCCCUAAACUCUCUUCAGGACCUUUUUGCUUUUCCUUCCUCUGUCAUUGGUACCAAUAUGUACCAAGACAUCUGGUUGCUCUUCCUCCCCUUCUAAAAUGCUGUGAAUGUGAUAUUUAACCCUGUUGGCGAUUUCAAAUUAAUAUACAAUCACUUUCAUCUACAAAACACUCAGUUCCCUUGGGAGGGUAGACUGUUUGUAAAUCCCCCACUGUACCCAUAGUGAUUGCAUGUUCCCUUUCCAAGGACACCUGGGCAUGAAUGUAACUCUGGAUGAGGAACAGGCACUGGUGUUAGAAACCAAAGCAGUCUACCAUCAGUUGGAGCUAACACAGAGUUUAAUAUUGUAAACCACUAUCUUGACUUUGGGCUGGCUUCAGGCAGAGCAGAACUAUCCAUCCUUUAAAAACUGGCUAUUGCAGUAACUACUGUUCAUGUGGUACAAUUUGUGCCAAACAUCUGCCAUCAGUACAAACCAGAUAUGGUCUUGGACUUGAAUUUAUGAAAAAACAUUUGACACCGGAGAAUUAAAACUAAUCCUUACAAAAACACAAAA